UUGAGACAACUUGUGACAGAACUUCUAGGUGCAUGUGAUUCACCUCACCAGGCUAAGCUGUUUCUUUGAUUCUCUGUCUUGAGCAGAUAUAGGUGUAUUUGCUAUCAUGGUCUCUUUAUUAUAUCUGGAUUGCUAAUAUAAAAUAUAAAUGUUUACUAGUAGAUAGAAUAAUGUCUGUACUUGUUAUCGCCUCUCAUAGUUUUAUUUAAUACAUCUGCUUUGCUGGACCUGUGGCAUUCCGUCCACAAAACUUGAUUAGCAUUGGUCAAGGCACUGGGAUUUAUUUGGCAUGCCUCAAACUCAGACCUCAUGCAGUAGCUUGGUUUCUGUGAGUGUCUUUGGGAGAGCAUUUUAAAUUCUUCAGCAGUUCCACUUGUGUGUGUGUGUGUAUAAAUUCUCCAACACCAUACCCUGACGACCCUGAUGGGGAAUGUGAGAGCAGCAGUCUGUCUCAAACAAAGUUGUCUGUGACGCUGAAGCGAGAGGAAGAACUUGUUGUCUUUCCCUGGAAGAGCUCCUUUUAAUAUUCGUUGUCUUCUUGUUGAGAACCGAAAUUGGGGUAUCCUCUACUCCUUGAACCUGUGGUGCACAGACUGGCCCCUGCUUCUUCCCUCCUGCGCACAAAAUCGCCAAAUCAUCUAAAAUACAUGGUUGAUUUUCGCAAUUUGCAUAACUUGUAUGGGCAGGAGACUCCAAAGUCCAGAUUGCAACUUGCCUAGAUUCCCCAGUUAUCACUGAAGACGAUAUAUUGACGUUUGAAAUUGAUAGGGUGAGGGUAGUUUGUGCGUAGAAUACGGUUUACCUGGGCAGUAUUCUAGAGUAAUAGUGAUAAAAAAGGCGGACUAUUAGAAGCCCUAUGCGGUUAAGAUUCUUGUCUGACCACAAAUUUCCGAGGUAGGAGGGUAAAACUAUCACUCGUAAAAGCAGAGGGUAAGCACAGCACCGAUGGAGAAGCUUGCUCUGCCAUACGACAAAGAGUACAUGAGGAUUGCCAUACUAAAACAUGAAGAAACUUUCAAAGAGCAGUUAUAUGAAUUACAUCGGUUGUAUCGGGUCCAGAAGAUGCUGAUGAAAGAUUUGGAGAAGAGCAGAGGCAAUGAACUAAGCCAACGGCAAUGGAGCUUCAAGACUUCUAUUGGUUUAACGCAAAAUGCUGAUCAUAAAAAAGGUACACGGAACAAACCUCAAUUGAAAUUUGAUCUUGAACGGCCUGCGGAAGAGCACAUUGAAGAAUUAGAUGAUGAUCGGGUGCUAGAGAUCGUAGAUGAGACUGAGAUUGAACUGACACUAGGCCCUUCAAAUUACAACCGUUUGAAGAAACUUGAGACACCGCGAACUUCGGAUUCUGGACAUAGCUUGUCUUCUUCUUCUACUGGAUCCAGUCAAAUAAACAAGACAAGUUCAAGGACCCAUCAUUGCGGUGAUGCAACAAGAGAAGAAUUAAGCGGAGGCAUACUAGGCCUUGUCCAGGUGCCGGAUUCAAACUCAAUCCGUCAAAGAGGAAUUAGAAACAGUUUUGAUCUUGAAGAACAAUCAAGACAAGACAGAUUAAAACAGCCACCGUGGCUUUUUCAAGUUUUGAGCUUGAACAUGACUUGAGAGUUUAAAAUUUUUUAUCUAUGGUCAAUUGAUAUGAUAUAUAUAUAUAUUUAAAUUUCUGUUUGAGGCCAACUUUGUGAAUGGUUUGUGUGGAAUGUUCUGCCUUGUUAUCUAGUAUGGUGGGGGUGUGAUGAAGUCUUGUAUAAUGAUUAAUGGUUUGCUUUUGCUCCAACC